AUGGACGCAGCUGCCCAGACCUCGCUGGUGGUGUCCGAGGACCGGCGCCACCCCGCCAACGUGAUCUGCGCACUGUGCCGGCUAUUCUACGCCAAUAACUGGGUCACCGGCACCGGGGGCGGGAUCUCCAUCAAGCACCCCGCGACCGGGCACAUCUACAUCGCGCCGUCAGGCGUGCAGAAGGAGCAGAUCGAGCCCGAGGACCUGUUCGUGCUGGACGGCGUCGACGGCGCGUACCUGCGUGCGCCGGCGGGCCACCGGCCGUCCGCGUGCACGCCGCUGUUCCUCGCGUGCUACCGCGCGCGCGGCGCGGGCGCGGUGAUCCACACGCACUCGCAGCACGCGGUGCUGUGCACGCUGCUGUUCGACGACGUGUUCCGGAUCGCCAACAUCGAGCAGAUCAAGGCGCUGCCCAGCGGGCGGCGUGACGCCGCGGGCAAGCCGCUGAGCCUGUCGUUCUUCGACACGCUGGAGAUCCCGAUCAUCGACAACACCGCGCACGAGGAGGACCUGGCGCCGGGGCUGGAGGCCGCGCUCGCGCGCCACCCGGCGUGCACGGCCGUGCUCGUGCGGCGCCACGGCAUCUACGUGUGGGGCCCGACCGCAGACCGGGCCAAGGUGUACAACGAGGCGAUCGACUACCUGCUGGAGCUCGCCGUGCACAUGCACCGGCUCGGCGUGCCGCCGGACUGCCCCAUCGGCGAAGAGAAGCGCUUUCUGCGCCGCUAG